CUGUCAAAGUCGAAGCCACGAUCAUUUGGAAUUUCUCUUUCGAUGAGGCUGCCUAGAAUUCUCCCACAAUGAAGGAUAUAAGAUCAAUGGUAAGAGUGCUGUUUCUUUCUCAUUCUCCAUACCAUCACAACAAUUCACAUCUCCACCUUGCAAUCCCUGCAAUCCAUUCCCAAGACAACAAAAACAACAACACUUCUCGAAUUCUCAAUAUCACAAGCUUCAUCCUAUAUUCUCCAACUCUUCACAUUCUCCAACAAUCCAAAACUUUUAAGAUGGGACUUCUCAAUUCCUCCGCUGUUGGAAAGGAGAGCGACAAAGCUGCCCAAAUUCUGCAUAGCUUCAUCAAGAAGGAAAAAUUACCCAAAGCAGCUAUCGCCAAUGCGAAAGGUAUCGCAAUAUUCUCUGCAAUACGAGGCGGCGCGAUGUGGGUAUCAGGUUCCGGCGGAUCAGGCGUAGUCCUCGCACGCCUACCAGACGGCUCUUGGUCAGGGCCCUCAUCAUUCUCAGUCCGAUCUGGAGGUAUCGGAAUGGUCUAUGGAUUAGACAUCUAUGACUGCGUUUGCGUUCUCAACACCGACGAAGCCGUCGAAGCAUACUCGAAACCCGAAUUAAGUCUAGGCGGAGGCGUUGCGGUAACUGCGGGGCCUUGGAAUGCGGAGAAGCACGACUUGAAGCCGGUGUGGACAUACACGAAGUCAAAGGGUCUAUAUGGUGGCUUGUCGGUUGAUGGGACUGCCAUUAAGGAAAGGAAAGAUGCGAAUGCGGAGUUCUAUGGGAAGAAUGUUACUGCGGCUCAGAUUUUGCAGGGUGCUGUUGAUCCAAGAGCCGGAGCUAAUGCUUGGCCGGCUGGUGCAAAUCAGUUGAUGGAAGUUCUGAAGCUGGCCGAGGGCAAAGUUGGUGAUAAGAAGGUGAUACAGGGUAUCAGCAAUGAGCCGACUCCCGGUGAUAUGGACGUCUGAGAGGAGCAGGGUCUGAUCUGGGCAGCUAGAAUUGCGUUAGGGUUUUUUCUUUCUUUCCUUUUCUUCCCCGUUACUGUUUGAUUGGAUUCCUGUUUGUUGCUAGAUCAAGCGAGCGAGUACAUCCUUUUAAGUAGUCUCUAAUCUCUAUGUAAUUAUCAUGGCUAUUGUCGAAAUUCUUUAGUUCAUUGGAGCUACUGAUUGGGGAAACCAAUGAGAUUUAGAUGUUUUUGAAGAUAGAAACGUGCAAUACAGCUCCGGUG